AUGCUUUCAGACCCCACUGCAACUCAACGCUACACAAAGGCUCCUAUUGCGAACUUCUACUUCACGGCUGUGGAUGGCCUGUUCAGAUGUCGGUGCGGAGCGAUACCCCGUCAAACAUCUCGAACCGGUUACAGUACUCUGAUGCAGCACGUGCGGAGCCAACACCCCGAUUUUGCCGACGUUAUGAGUGUGGUAGAUGACGGCCGGGGAACGCUGCAGAUGGGUCUUAGCGACGUCCUUGGAGGGCAGAAACGAUUUCUGGUGCGGCGCACGACGAAGAGGUGGACGGUUGAUGAAGCUCGGUAG